AUGGCGGACUGGCCGUGGCAACGAGAAUUUCACCCCUGUACCGAUGAGAAAACGCUGGAAUCAGACAAAUGGUUCAGGUCCCUUCCGAUCUUCUCUCAGAAGUCACAGCAUGCGCACGAGCAAGGCCAUUUUGAGGAUCUGCGAGCUGGCAUAGAUUUGAUGCACAUUUUAUUUGUCAUAGACGAGUUUUCCGACGUCGGGAGACCCCCUGUUGUCAGAGAGUAUGGGCAAAUUGUAUUGGAUGCAAUACGCAACCCCGACAAACCUCGUCCUGCUGGAGAGGUCAUCCUUGGGGAAAUGAUGCGACAAUUCUGGGCUCGAGUGGGACGCACAGCGACUGCUCAGGCGAGAGCACAUUUCUUGGAGACCAUUCAGGCAUUCAUGGACACCCUUGUCUCCCAAGCGGAAGACAGGAACAAUACCACCAUCCGUUCCGUACAUGACUACUUCCUGUUGCGCAGGGAGACCAUCGGUGCCCGUCCUGCAUAUGUCAUUGGCGAGCUGCGUCUCUCCAUCCCAGAUGAGGCACUCUACCAUCCCGCGAUCAGAGAGCUGGAAUACCUCGCUGCAGAGUUGAUCGCGAUCGACAAUGACCUUGCUUCUUACAACAAGGAGCAGGCGACAGGGAACGAUCAGCACAACAUCGUGACGAUUGUGAUGCAUCAUCUCAAGCUGGACCUAGACGCGACAGUGGAUUGGGCAGCAGACUACCACAAGCAAGUCCAGAGGCGCUUCCUUGACACCUUGAAGCGCGUGCCAUCCUUUGGACCCGCGGUCGACGCGGAUUUGCAGAGCUAUAUGACCCAGAUCGCUAUCUGGCCCCAAGGCAAUUAUUGUUGGAACUUCGAGUCCGGACGGUACUUCGGCAGCCAUGGGGCUGAGUAUCAGAGGACGCGCAGAGUGCCUCUUCUUCCGAAGCGAGUGCAGCAGCGGGAUGCCAAUGUGCCUCUGGUAGAGGACCUGGAGCGGUUGGCGGCGAUCGCUGCAAUGGAAGGGGAUGAUUGA